GCGUUUUGCUACGAAGACCUAAAGAGAGAGAAAUAAAAAUCAAUCGCCUUCCUGAUUCUCCUGGUUAAACCCUAGUGCACUUGAAGCUCUAAACCCCAAUCUCUCCUCUCCUCUCCUUACAAUGGAGCAGGAGCAACAACGAAAGGAUCAAUCUUCACGAAACUCAAACCCUAAAGAGCAGCAACAAAUGCUAUGCGAAGAGUGCAAAGAGAACCCAUCAAAGUACAAAUGCCCGGGCUGCUCUAUUCGCUCUUGCAGCCUUCCUUGUGUCAAAGAUCACAAACAACGCACUGUAUGCUCGGGAAAGCGGGUUCAGACGCAGUUCGUUCCUCUAUCUCAGUUCAAUGAUAAUAUCCUCUUAUCUGUUUCAGUAGUCUUCAGUGAAGAUUCUACAGAGCAUUUGGCUCCCGUUCACCGGAGCAGUUUUCCGGCGGGUUUUGUCUUUGGCACUGCAUCAUCUGCAUACCAGUAUGAAGGGGCAGCACAUGAAGAUGGUAGAGGACCAAGUAUUUGGGAUAUCUUCACUCAAAAAUACCCUGGUUUUUCUAUCUCUCUCAUGAUCAUACACAUCUAAUUUUACAUGGAUAAAUAUAUAUAUAUAUAUAUAUGUUUAUGAGUAUGACAUUUUAUAACUGAUUUAUAAUUUGAGUUCAUAAUAUUUCGAAUCCAAAAAAUAAAACUUUCCUCUCAAGAAAUUGUACUGGUUUAAGAUUUUUCUUUUUUUUUUUUGUGAUUUUGAUGAUAAUAGUAAUGGUGCAGAAAAGAUAAAAGAUCACAGUAAUGGAAACAUAGCUGAUAAUUCAUACCAUAAAUAUAAGGAAGAUGUAGCAAUAAUGAAGGGUAUAGGUUUUGAUGCUUACAGAUUUUCCAUUUCAUGGUCUAGAAUAUUACCUCGUGGCCAUCCCAGAGGAGGAGUAAAUCCAGAGGGAAUUAAUUACUACAAUAAUCUCAUCAAUGAACUACUAGCCAAUGGAAUCCAACCUUUUGUGACCUUAUUCCACUGGGAUCUUCCUCAAACUCUUGAAGAUGAAUAUGGUGGCUUUUUAAGCCCCAAAAUUGCGGAUGAUUUUCGUGAUUAUGCAGAAUUAUGUUUUAAAAACUUUGGUGAUAGGGUGAAGCAUUGGAUCACUUUGAAUGAGCCGUUAACUGUUGCUGAUGGUGGGUAUGCAACUGGUAAAAAAGCACCUGGGAGAUGUUCCAAUUGGCUCCAUCACAACUGCACUGGCGGUGAUUCAAGUACUGAGCCAUAUAUAGUGGCUCACAAUCAACUUCUUGCUCAUGCAGCUGCAGUUCAAGUUUACAGGGACAAGUAUCAGAUAUCUCAAAAUGGUCAAAUUGGAAUUACUCUAAGCUCUGCCUGGAUUUUACCCUUGACUAACUCAAGUAGAGACUUCAGUGCAGCAGCUCGAGCCAUUUCCUUCCAGUAUGACUGGUUCAUGGAGCCACUGAAGUCUGGUUCAUAUCCAGCUGAUAUGGUUGCUUAUGUGGGAAAACGAUUGCCUCGAUUUUCUAAGGAAGAAUCACAGAUGGUUAAAGGAUCUUUUGAUUUCAUUGGAGUUAACUAUUACACUUCAAAGUAUGCUUUUGAUGUUCCUUGCAAAACUGAAAACUUAAGCUACACCACUGACUCUUGUGCUCAGUCUACAACCGAGCGAAAUGGGAUUCCCAUUGGUCCUAAGACAGGAUCAGAUUGGCUUUAUGUGUAUCCAAGAGGAAUUCUAGAUCUUUUGCUCUACACCAAGAACAAGUUCAAUGAUCUAAUCAUUUAUAUAACUGAGAAUGGAGUUGGUGAGCUUAAUACUGACAGAAUAAUUGUUGAGGAUAACUAUAGAAUACGUUACUUCAAUGAUCAUCUUUCAUUUCUUAACAAAGCAAUUAUGAAAGGUGUGAAAGUAAAGGGAUACUUUGGAUGGUCACUUCUAGACAAUUUUGAAUGGGAAGAUGGGUAUAAAGUUCGUUUUGGAAUGGUCUAUGUAGACUACAAGAAUGGAUUGAAAAGGGAUCUCAAAAAAUCAGCAAAGUGGUUCAAGAAAUUUCUUCUGUCUUAGAAUCACAUUCAAUUGCAAAGAAGGGAUUGACAGUAAUUUAAUUAGAUUAAAUUAGAAGAAUGGGACAUUUAAAAAAAAAAUAAUCUACAUAAAAUAUAUAUAUAUAUAU